GGAGCAGGGCGAGCCGAGGGGCGGGGCUAAAAGCGUUGGCCGGUAGCGCACGGUGCCGCGGCAAUAGGAGGAGCCCGGUGAUUGGAGGCGUGGCUAGCUGUGGGCGUGGCUAGAGGGAUGGGCGGGGCUUGAGGAGGGGGCGGAGCCUUUGGCGCCGCGGAGCGAGGAGGCGUUGGGGUCGCAGCGCGGCCGCCCCCGGCGCGGCCAUCCCGGCCAUCCCGGCCAUCCCGGCCCUCCGGCCCUCCGGUCCGUCCCGCCGCUGCAAUGGGCCUCACCGUGUCUGCCAUCUUCUCCCGCAUCUUCGGCAAGAAACAGAUGCGGAUCCUGAUGGUGGGGUUGGACGCUGCAGGCAAAACCACCAUCCUGUACAAGCUGAAGCUGGGAGAGAUCGUCACCACCAUCCCCACCAUUGGGUUCAACGUGGAGACGGUGGAGUACAAGAACAUCUGCUUCACGGUGUGGGAUGUAGGAGGCCAGGACAAGAUCCGGCCCCUCUGGAGGCACUACUUCCAGAACACACAGGGUCUCAUCUUUGUGGUGGACAGCAACGACCGGGAAAGGGUGCAGGAGUCUGCGGAGGAGCUGCAGAAGAUGUGUCAUCACGUCCCUAUAGGUCUCUUCCAACCCAAACCAUGCUGUGAUGCUAUGAAGGUCACUUCCAAACCAAACCAUUCUAUCACUCCAUGAAGGUCCUUUCCAACCCCAAACGUUCUAUGACUCCUUGAAAAGUCCCCUCCAACCCAAACUAUUCUUUAAUUCCAUGAAGUUCCUUUCCAACCCAAACCAUUCUAUGACUUCACGAAGGUCUCUUCCAACCCAAACGAUUCUGUGACUCCAUGAAGGUCCCCUCCAACCCAACCCAAAUGAUUCAAUGAUCCUAUGAAGGUCCCUUGCAACCCAAACCAUUCUGUGACUCCAUGAAGGUCCUUUCCAACUCAACCCAAAUGAUUCUAUGAUCCUAUGAAGCUCCCCUCCAACCCAAAUGAUUCAAUGAUCCUAUGAAGGUCCCUUUCAAUCUAAACCAUUCUAUUACUCCAUGAAGGUCCCUUCCAACUCAACCCAAAUGAUUCAGUGAUCCUAUGAAGUUCCCUUCCAACCCAACCCAAAUGAUUCUGUGAUCCUAUGAAGGUCCCUUUCAACCUAAACCAUUCUAUUACUCCAUGAAACGUCCCUUCCAACCCAACCCAAAUGAUUCAGUGAUCCUAUGAAGUUCCCUUCCAACCCUGUGCAGAUCCCUACCAACCCAAGGUAUUUUGUGAUCCCAUGAAGCUCCCCUCCAACCCAAAUGAUUCUGGGAUCCUAUGAAGGUUCCCCUCCAACCCAAACCACACUAUUAGGGUUGGAGCCUGGGGCUCCUGGCCCGCUCCUUAUUUGUGGGCUCAAGAUGAUCGACUCACCCUCACAGCGCUGAACAACAUCAGCCCCGAGCCGAGGAGGAUUCCGGGGGGCGAGGUGGGUUGCAGAGCUGCAUCCUGCAGCUCACCAGU